CAAAGCAUCCCAAAUCAUUGUCAAAUUGUAAAUUAUACUUGUAUUACUCUAUGCUCUAGCUUGCUUUUCAAUGUAUUUACAGUUACAGACGUUCAGUGUCCCCCUUAUCAGCUCAGUCCGUCAAAAGUCGUGAGAUACGGCGAUUCUGUUUCAGUUAACUGCAGUACUUCUGUCCCUCAUGAUGGGAUGGGCCUGGAAUCCAGUGAGGGAGGAGUACCCUUGACCAUUGACAGUCUGGUCACCUGGAGAGUGUCAAACCUGAGGCAAUGGGAUAUAGAGCCAAUCUGCUACAUAAACUAUAAUGGAGAACAGUGUCUAAUACCCAUACCAAUCAUUAUUUACAAGACUCCAGGCAAUGUGUCCAUCAGCACAAUAGAUAACACUGUCAUAGAAGGCAAUCAGUAUGAGCUCCAGUGUGACAUUCAGGAUGUGGCUCCUGUUAGUAAUCUCAGUGUGAAAUGGUACAAAGGACAGACUCUGGUGAAUCUCAUUAAAUUUGAUGACACCACUGAGACUCCAGUGAAUGUCACUGCUACACUCUUCAUCACUCCAAACAGAACUGAUGAUGGAGUUCAAUACAGGUGUGAAGCAGAACUGGAACUGGGACCAGAAGGACCUCAACCUCCCCCUAGAGUGGCAUCAGAAUCUCUGAACAUUGCAGUUCAUUAUAAGCCACAAAUCAACUUUUGCAAAGACUGGUCACCAAAUAUAUGGAGCUCAUUGGGUUCCUAUCCCUCAAAUUCAUUUUCUGUUGUGGGUAACCCUCCCCCUAACAUCUCUUGGAGCCGUGGAUCAUCAUCUGUCAAUGUCUCCAUGCUUCUUGACAAAUAUGACUCUGGCCAGUAUAAUAUCACUGCCCAUAAUGAACAUGGUUCCUCUUUCUGUAUCGUAAACAUCACAGUAGAGUAUCUUCCAGAGCUGAACUGCAGUAAAAGCCACCAAAUAAAAGAGAAAACACUCUUUAAACCUCCUUGUUUAAUAGAUGGAUUCCCAAAGCCUGAUGUCUUCCUAUACAAAGAUGGAAAAGUUAUCCAGCUUCCGUAUUAUCCCACAUGGAAUGAUGGUGGCUGGUAUCAUUUAACUGCAAGUAACAAAUAUGGAGCGGUGCAUGAUAAUUUCACCAUCAACAUCCUGUAUAAGCCACAAAUACAUUUUUGCAAAGACUGGUCACCAAUGAUAUGGAGCUCAAUGAGUUCCUAUCCCUCAAAUUCAUUUUCUGUUGUGGGUAACCCUCCCCCUAACAUCUCUUGGAGCCGUGGAUCAUCAUCUGUCAAUGUCUCCAUGCUUCUUGACAAAUAUGACUCUGGCCAGUAUAAUAUCACUGCCCAUAAUGAACAUGGUUCCUCCUUCUGUAUCGUAAACAUCACAGUAGAGUAUCUUUCAGAGCUGAACUGCAGUAAAAGCCACCAAAUAAAAGAGAAAACACUCUUCAAACCUCCUUGUUUAAUUGAUGGACUCCCGAAGCCUGAUGUCUUCCUAUACAAAGAUGGAAAAGUUAUCCAGCUUCCGUAUUAUCCCACAUGGAAUGAUGUUGGCUGGUAUCAUUUAACUGCAAGUAACAAAUAUGGAGCGGUGCAUGAUAAUUUCACCAUCAACAUCCUGUAUAAGCCACAAAUACAUUUUUGUAAAGACUGGUCACCAAAGAUAUGUAGCUCAUUGAGUUCCUAUCCCUCAAAUUCAUUUUCUGUUGUGGGUAACCCUCCCCCUAACAUCUCUUGGAGCCGUGGAUCAUCAUCUGUCAAUGUCUCCAUGCUUCUUGACAAAUAUGACUCUGGGCAGUAUAAUAUCACUGCCCGUAAUGAACAUGGUUCCUCCUUCUGUAUCGUAAACAUCACAGUAGAGUAUCCUCCAGAGCUGAACUGCAGCGAAAGCUACCAAAUAAACGAGAAAAACUUCUUUAAACUUCCUUGCUUAGCUGAUGGAUUCCCAAAGCCUGAUGUCUCCGUCUACAAAGAUGGAAAACUUAUCCUGCCCUCAUAUUUUCUCACAAGGCAUGAUAGUGGCUGGUAUAAUUUAACUGCAAGUAACAAAUAUGGAACUGUGUAUCGUAAUUUCACCAUCAACAUCCUUUAUGCCCCAGUGCUUGAGACCACGCCAGAAACAUUUGUGGUGGUAGAAGACAGCAGUAUAACCCUCGAGUGCAGCUCCACUGGUAACCCAGAACCUGAAAUGUGGUGGAGCUUUAACAAUAAAAGCAUCUCCACUGAGAGGCGCCAUCGUCACAUCACUUUCAACAUUCAGAAAGCCACGUCUACCAGUGCUGGAGUUUAUAAAUGUAUUGCCACGAAUAGAUUUGGACGUCAGGAGAAGAACUUUAUUGUGAAGAUAAAAGGCAACUUUCCCAUCUACACUGUUGUAAUUGGAGUCGCACUUGUACUGCUUAUUUUGAUCAUCUUAUUCUGUCUCUAUAUGUGGAGAAAGAUGAAAUCAAGUGGACAUCAUCAAAUACAGGCAGAGAAUGAAAUGAGUCUGUUAAGGAAUUGAGGAUUGUCUACACUGGACGCGUCGUGACGCGAAACGACGCAACGGCUUGAGGCUGUCUAUACUGAAAGCGUCGAAGUGAACCGUCUAAACGAUGAACAGACAGCACUAAACAAUCAGUUGUGAGCUCCAGUACACUCCAGCAACAGUUAAAGGUGCACUCAGUAUUUUUUCUCCCAAACAAAUGAAUAGCCAUAUUGAAACAUACGUAUAAAAUCAUGGCCACUCACUUGAGUUGAAGACACCAGUUAUAUCAGUAACCUUAUAAAAGCUUUUUUUAUUCUAUAUGGAGAGGGUCCCCCAUGGGGGCUGCCAUGUUAGGAUCACAUGACCAGCCGAAUACUACUUGCUUAAUCUCAGUGUAACUGCCCUGUUAUUGGACAUUGUCACUCGUGGAUUAAAUGAAUCAUGGCUGAGUGUGAAUAGUAAAUUUCUAGAACAGCAUCGAUAGCUGAAAACUAUUGAGUUUGAAUGAUACUGCAUCCAGGCCCCUAGGUGUCAGUGUAAAUCCAAGAUGACAAAAAAUGUGCACCUUUAAAUCAGCGAAUAACCUGUAUCAUACUUUAUUUUCAAUGGAAAUCCACUGGUAUAAACAUUUUAUUAUUCUUGUAAUGUUAUUGUUGCUAAAAAGUGUAUAUGUGGAUAGAAACAAAAGUACUUAAUUUAGUAUUCCAGAGACCAGAAACAUCACAAGCUGGCUUUAAUGCAACAGUCUGAAGUUAUUUAAAUAUGAAAUGAAUAAAAUUCAUGGCAGAAUGAUGAAUGAUAUGGCAAGCAAAAGCAUUUAAUUUCAGACAGAUGGGAUAAUAAAGUGGCUAGAGUAUCUCUGAAGCGCGCCAGCAACUGUUGGCACUGUGACACGCCACAAUGGCGCUUCCAGUGUAGACAGGGUCAUUGAAAAUAAUGGGGAAAUAUAAGCUUUUGACUUCAUCAAAUUACCUGCAUUGAACAAAAAACAUUAUAUUAAAAAUCACAUUGCAUGGCAACAUAAAUACAUACAUAGGGUGGAUUAGGGUAAUGUGGGACACUGACUAAUGUGGGACACCUAAGCUCCAGUGCAUUUAUCUCUUCUUUUACAACAUUAAAGUGAACAUUGGUGUUGAAUCCAAGCAGGGGUGUCAAGUGGUUGAAAUCACGUGACAUUGCGGAAGUGAUGUCAUUAAUGUGGGCGGGAAAAUAGUCAAAAAGGAAGUACCCCUUGUGAAGUCCACUCAAAGGUCAAUGACAUAGGAUUUAGACAAAAUUAAUUUUAAGGAUAUAAAUUGGUUAUAAAUAAAACAAUGUUCUAAAUUGUUAUCAAAUUAUGUUUGUGAUGUAUUUGUACAUAAAAUGAUGCAAUAAAAUUGUGAAAAUGUGUUAAAAUAUUUUCUAAUUGAAGCAAUCUUUGUCGUACCACUUUGGAAAAGGUUGUUUCGAAAGUGGGACAGCAUGUUUUGACAUGUGGGACUACAUUAUUCAAUUGAGAAAAUAUGCAUUAUGAAAGUUAAAUGCCCUACAUGUAUUUUUGUUCAAUAUUUGGGCUUAUAAUGCAGCAAUAUUAUUUGUUUUAAGAUCAGGAUUCAAAACCUUGUCAUGAUUUGCCAGUUAGCUAGCUUAUGGUUUAGCUAACUAGCUACCUAGAUAGCUAAGUCAAAGAAGUAGCUUUUAGUCACACUGAUAUCAAAUAUAAGAUGGCACAUUUCUUUUUAAUUCCGUGCAUAGAACAAAUUAAUUUUCUUAUCCAUCUAUAAAUUGAUUCCUAAAUGCAAUGUAUUACAGAUUACAAUGGCGUCCCAGAUUUCAGCGCGAGCUGUCCCAGAUUAGAAAAUCCACAAAUUCUUAAACAAUUUGGCACGAGGAACACUAAUAUAUGUGCCAUUUUCCCUUUGAGUACAAUAUCUGAAAAUUGUCUUCUGAUAUAAUAAAGGGACAUCUUGGGGAUUUCAUAAUGAUAAAAGGUGUUGAUAUAUUUUGGCUUCAUAUGGAAAUAUGGUACACAAUUCAGAAUUGCAAAAAGUGUCCCACAUUACCCUAAUCCACCCUACCCUAUUUCAAAGGUUUAUUUUUCAGAAUCCUCAAACAUGCUUCAUAGUGUACAGCAUGCAAGUGUAAAAAAAUUGUCAUGUUACAGUAUAUGACUUUUCAGUUCAGGUGUAUAAAAAAAGCUAAAUGUGUCGUUUUUGUCCUGAAUAAUCAAUAAAUACGUGAAAAUAAUGCACAUUUGCAAUAUUUUGUUUUCAGGACGAGUAUUGUUAAAGUUGUUAACAUGUGGUGUUAAUGAUUUAAUAAAGGUCCUGCCCCCUC